AUGCCGUCAACCAAGCAAUCCGAGCCGCCCAGGCAGACCACAGUGACAACCUCUCACAAUGCUGUUGGAGGAGAAUCUACUUAUUCUAUCGCAGACUCAUCUACCCAGCAUCUCCGCAGAGUCCCUGAUCGAAUUCCCUGGGUGGUUUUCCUCAUUCUAGUUGUUGAGCUUGGGGAGCGCUUCACGUACUUUGGAUUGAGUGGUCCACUACAGAACUACAUCAACAACCCUUAUGACCCAGGAUCCAGCUUACCGGGAGCUCUUGGCCGUGGACAGGCCACUGCAUCUGCGCUGGGGAAUUUCUUCAAAUUUUGGGCUUAUGGCUCAACCAUCAUUGGGGCGAUUGUUGCUGAUCAAUUUCUUGGAAGAUUUAAGACCAUUUGUCUGGCAUGCUUCAUCUAUAUUAUUGGCCUAACAAUCUUGGUCACAACUGCAGUACCAUCUUCAGUACAUUCAGGAACAGCUUUUGGGGGGCUUAUUGCGGCAAUGGUCAUUAUUAAGGGUCUGGGAACGGGGGGUAUCAAAGCCAAUGUUACACCCAUGUGUGCCGAACAAUACAGGAGGGAAUUUGCAUUUGUGAAGCUUCUGAACGCCAGUUACAAAGGAUCCCGAAAUCCUCUGGAUGUAUACAUCCCUGGCUGUCAUUACUUUUGUUGGCGGCUGUUCGUUCUAUGCUUGCUUUCGGAAUUCGCUCGAGGCUGUGCCGGUUUUGGAAGCGGCUACUAA